AUGUCCUGCACCUUGUUCGACCUCGGACACGCGGCGAGGGACGUUGCGGGCGCGCUGUACGACGCAGACGGGGCCCUCUCGGGCGAGGUCAGGCUCGCGUUUGGCGUCAAAGGUAUCGCGGCGGUCGGAGCCUGGCAGACGAGGCUCGUCAACUACGAGAACUAUGCGCACGACCUCGUGCACGGUGUGCGCUUCUCGCCUGCCGACUUGAGGCUGCAGAUCGUGCCCGUCGUCAUCGAGUCGCAGCAAGGCCCCAACAACCUCGACCGGGUCGCGCGCAACGACGCCGAGCGCGCGCUCCAGAGCGUCGUCGACAACCGCACCUUCCACGGCAGCUUCGCCGACGGCGCGUUCAAGUUCAGCGCCCUACCGGGCAGCGCUGUACCACUGUCCCACUUCGAGGUCAAGCUCGACACCGACCUCCUCACCAGCCGCUUGGACCCCUUCCUCGACAAAACGACCUGGACCCAAGUGCACCGCCACGCGCUCCUCAAGCCCGCCCGCCUCCUCUUCGACCUCGUCUACACAGCAUCGAUGCACCCGACGCGCCGCUCGUCCCGCCUCGCGCACGACGAUGCCGCCGCCGCCGCGACCGCCGCCGACGACCUACGCCACGCCGAGCUCCUCGCGCUCGUUGUCCUCGCGCUCCUGUGCCGCUCGAGCCGCAACCGCGCAAAGGACCGCGGCUUCUCGCACGCGCUCGAGGCCGAGUGGGCCGACCUCGCGACCAUGUUUGCGGGCGAGAUGGCGAGGGCCAAGAAGUGGGUUGGGGAGCACUUGAGGCCUAAGGGCGAGGUCGCGAGGCGGCUCGGGCAGUGGUGCAUCGAGCAUGAUGGGGAUGGCAAGUUGACGAUGAGAGAAGUGCAGGGAGCGAUCGAGGCGGCGAUGGGCUGGCUGAUGUGGCGGUUCGGGCUCGACAUCCUCCCACACGACUUGCAGUACGACUCGCUCAGCAAGGCGCGCUAUCUCCCGCAGGCCCGCGCGCUCUUUCGCCGAGUCUGA